AUGUCUACGAGUUCCUGGAUUGGCAUUGGCAUUUGCACGACCAUCGCAGCGCUGGCCUUCCUGAUUGAGCUGAUCGUCCAUGGGAUCGGCAAGCAGGGCUACAUUUAUAGCGCCUUUUUCAUCCUCGACUUAGUCGCCUUCAUCUCCUUGAUUCCAGACACCAUCAUUAUGCAGCUGGCUACGGACGACAAUGCCUUUGUAGCCGGUCGCUCCAGCAGGCUCACCCGCAUGCUGCGGCUCUUCGGUCGCUCAGCACGCGCUGCGCGCCUGAACCGCUUCGGCCGCAUCGCGCGCAUCGCGGCGCUGAUGCCGAAGCUCCAGGAGCUCCAGCGCUUCUGGGGCCACCGCGUGGAGGACGAAGACGCCUCGCGUGUCCUCGAGAAGAAGCUCUACCGCAUCUUCUGCUUCGUAGACGAGGACAUGGACGGCUACAUCUCCAAGUCAGCGCUGGGCCAGUGCAAAGACAAGCUUUUCGACCUGGCCCGAAUUGAGAAGAAGAAGCCGGAAUGGGCCUCCAAGCUCCGAAUGCUUGCGGCGGCAGCCAGUGUGCCUCGAGUACGGCAGCUGACAGAUCCGAGUGGCCAGAUGUCCGUUUCCCAGAGUAACUCGCAGCAACUGCUCUCGCCAGCCUCUGAGAAUCCAGAUGCCUCCACCUCGGGGGCUUCGAUGCCAAGCCCGAAGAAGGAGGCGGCUGCAAGGCAGCAGGACAGCGUGGAAUUGAGACGUGUAACUGAGAAGCCCUUCAACGACUCCGUGGAGUAUGUGGCUUUUCGGGACGCGAUCAUGAAUGAGCCGCCGCUGCUGCAGUGGCUCAAGAACUCGGUGGUGAAGCAGCUGAAGCGCGGCAACAACAUGCAGGCGGUGCGCCAGCGGAAUGCAGAGUACAUUGGGGUCAAGGUAGCCAUGGCAAUCCUGCUCAUCAUCUUGGUGCUCAGCUACGUGGAGAUGCUCUAUGAGGAUACCUCCCUAUCCUACGGCUUCGCCACCCUCAACACCUUCGUGCGAAUCACCUACGGUACGCCUUCUGUCGGCGCCGAGGUCCCUGAGGCAGUUCGCAGGCAAGUGAACAGCUGGGGGGUGCAAGAUGGUUGGAAUCGGCCGGACCGGCCGUUGCUCUACCUGGACGUGCGGAGGCGCGUCUACUGCAACUCCUUUGCCGCUGACAUGCCCUGCUCGCUGCCACUCUCGCUGCCGAUUCAGUGGGCCCCGACCAAAACCUUAGAAGAAGUGGAUCGAGAAGUGCUGGCCUCGAACCACCGUACGCUGGAUUUGCUGCUGCUCCGCUAUCCCGACUUCUCGGACCAGGACAUCAGCGCGGAGGAGUUGGAGAACAAGACUGAGGCGGUGGCCUUGUUUUUGAACCGUGCGGACACAGUGGCACGGGCACGUGACUCCAUCCUCACUACUUGGGGCGUGCUGUUCUUGAUCAUGGUCGGCAUCAGCUUGUUGACCAGAGACCUCACCUAUCUCUCCAAGAACUUGCUGAAGCCCUUGGUGGAGCUGUCGGACGAAGUCGAGAGUAUCACCCGGCUGCAGCUAGCAGCGACCACCAAAGCAGCCCAUGACGAGAGCCAGGAUGUCACCAGCGAGAUCAGGCUUCUACGUCGCCGCUUUGACAACAUGAAGACCGCCAUCCGCUCCUGGGGGAAGUACGUGCCAUGGCCCGUGGUGCAGCUCAUGAUGCGCAAGGAUGCGCAGGCCAACAUCGAGGUGUCGAACCGCAAGGCGCUGGAUCCUCGCGCGCGAGCCAAGGGUCUUGGUGGUGCCCAAAGUGCCAAGGUCCAUUGGCGUUUGCACAAGUGA